CCUCCCCUUCCCCCCCUGGGUUCUGCGUUCUGCUCUCCACGCCGGCUGCUUCGCCUCCACUGCGUGUGUGUUAGUUCCGUGAGCGAGUGUGUGUGUGUGUGAGUGAGUGUGUGUGUGUGAGUGUGUGCGAGGGGGAGAGCGCUGCAGCUCCUGCUGGCCUCACACCCCUCCACGCUGCCGCCAUGGCGGGCUCGCCUCUCAACCACUCCUGGCCUUCCUUCUCUAAGAACUGGAUGAAAAGAUGGUCCUUCAAGAGAGGUUCAGAGUGCAAGCCAGGCAGUGAUCCCUGCGGCGCGGUCGACGGUCCUCUGAGUGCUCAGCCUUCCAGCCCCAGCGAUGCUGGAACGGGGUCCGCCUCUUCCCUGUCCCCGGCCUCCAUCGCAGAGGACGCCUACUUCCCACGCCCAAACUCCGAGGACCAGGAGGACUCCUGCUCUGUGAUCAGCGACUACGACUUCCCCGACGCCGACCAGGGCAGCAGCGGCGAGGACCUGCAGGGCCUGAGCUCAUCUCUCCGAGGCUCCGAGUACUUCAAGGACCUCCAGGGUGGGGUGCCGCCUUCGGUGUCCACGGCAACCGCAUCGCCGCCGAGCCAACCGCAAGACCUUCAGCGGCUCCGCCAGAGCAGUCCGGUCGUCGGCUCCGCGGGGACCCCUGAGUGGGACCUGACCUUCGGGGGCCCCAGCGGAACCCCGCCGGGGUUGCAGAACAGCCUGGUGGUCACCCAGAUCUCCCCCAUCCCGGGGGUGACGCCGCCGGGCAGCGCCCCGGACACCCGUCCCCUUGAGGCCCCCGUCGUGGGGCUCAGUUUGACGAUACGUUUGGAUCAACUUUUGACGGCGAUGGAUCCGGAGAGACCCACGACCGCGGCGGUGUCUUGGGACCUGGUGGGAGCGGGGGGCCCGGGGGGAGAGGGGGGUCCGGGGGGAGAGGGGGGUCUGGUGGGGGCAGGGGCCACGGAGGAUCCGGACCCUGACCUCGACGCUUUCCCCAUCUUCGUGCGAUCGAUGUCCACCUCGAGAAGACACAGCUGGGUGGUUCCUGUGGCCAGCUUCAACCAGGGGAGAAGACUGAGCCUAGACACCAUGGCCAUGGACAGUGAUGGAGAGAGGGAAAUGGAUGAAACAGACGGACCCAGGCCUAAAAUACCUCCCUACGCUAAAGAGAGAGACACGCGGUGGCCUGACAGGCGUUCUGAGCUCCUGGCCCCAGAGUGCAGCCAGGCGGCACACAUCUCCCAGCUGGUGGAGACCUCCAAACAAGCUGCCAGGGCGGCCCAAGACACAGAGGAACUGGACCCUGAGGAGAACUUGCAUUCUGCAGAAGGACAGAGCCACAUGGCCAAACAAAGAGGGGUGAGAUCAGAGGCCAAGGAAUCAGGAAGUGUCACUUGGUACGAGUUCCUCAACAAUGAAAAUGAGGAAGAAGAUGGACCGACUGAGAAGGUGGAAAAGGGCACCAAGGUGAAGAGGACUCUCAGUUCUCUGAGGAACAGGGUGACUGGAUCCUUCACCAAAGACAAGGGUAAGAACAGAGAAAACAAGGAGCACCACAAGGAGAGGGUCAAGGAGAAGGAGAAAGUGUGUCGCAGCAGAAGCAGUGACAGCCUCGGGCACGACCUGGUGCCGGGCUCCUUCUCCAGCUAUGCCGACUGCUCACUGUGCAGCAAAAGCCUGCAUCAGAAGCAUGGCCUCCAGUGCACGAAUUGUGCCGUGAACGUCCAUAAGAGCUGUAGGACUCUGCUGGGGGAGUGCAACAGCCACAAGAAUAAGCGAGAAAACAGGACGUUACCUUCCAACCUUGUGUCCAGAGGCGCGGACGGGGAGGCGCCCCGAGAGCAGCCGGGCCGAGCGUCGCUGCUGACCGCGGAUGGCCCGUCGGGCAGGCCCCGCUCCCCAGGCAUGAGCUUCGUCCCGCGCGGAUCCGGCACCCAGCCCUCCAGCUACGCCUCCAGCCUCCGUCACAACAACUCAGGGAUGGAUGAGACCGAUGCCUUCCGCAAGCGCGCGGACGACACGGUCUCCCUAGCCCCCUCCACCACCGAGUCCAUCCUCGUAGAAGAUGUCCACUACGUAGCAGUGCGGGCUGAGCUGGAGGCCGACGCCCAGGACCUGGAGGCCGAGUCCUGGAGUCUGUCUGUGGACCAGCAGUGUGUCAAGAAGUACUCCAAGGAGAUGGUGAAGAGACAGGACGUCAUCUACGAGCUGAUGCAGACCGAGAUGCACCACGUGCGCACGCUGAAGAUCAUGCUGUGCGUGUACGUGCGCGAGCUGAAGGAGAACCUGCAGAUGGAGCCGUCUAAGCUGGACUGCCUGUUCCCCCGCCUGGAGAGUCUCCUAGACCUCCACACCAACUUCCUGUCCCGCCUCAAGGAGCGCCGGAGGGACUGCCUCCUGGCGCCCGGCGAGAGGAACUACUUUAUCAACAGGCUGGCGGAUGUGCUCAUUGGACAGUUCUCGGGUGAGAUCGGGGAGAAGAUGAAGGAGAGCUACGGGGACUUCUGCAGUAGCCACCUGGAGGCGGUGAGCUUCUACAAGGAGCAGCUGCAGAACAACAAGAAGUUCCAGAACCUCAUGCGGAAAAUCAACAACUUUCCCAUUGUGCGGAGGCUGGGCGUGACAGAGUGUGUUCUGCUGGUGACCCAGCGCAUCACCAAGUACCCCGUCCUGGUCGAGCGCAUCCUGCAGAACACGGAAGCGGGGACGGAGGAGCACGAGGAGCUGACGCGGGCGCUGGUGCUCAUCAAGAACGGCAUCGUCCAGGUGGACGCGCUGGUCAACCUCCACGAGAAGACGCUGCGGCUGCGGGACAUCCACGGCCGCAUGGAGCCCAAGGCGCUGGGGAAGAUCAAGGACGGCCGCGUGUUCCGGCGGGAGGACCUGGCCCCCGGGAGGAGGACGCUGCUGCACACGGGCACGGUGCACUGGAAGGCCGCCUCCGGACGGCUCAAAGACAUCCUGGCCGUGCUUCUGUCAGACGUGCUGCUUCUGCUGCAGGAGAAGGACCAGCGAUACGUGUUCGCCAUGGUGGACAACAAGCCGUCUGUGAUCUCGCUACAGAAGCUCAUCGUCAGGGAGGUGGCCCACGAGGAGAAGGCCAUGUUCCUGAUCUGCGCCUCCUCCAAGGAGCCCGAGAUGUACGAGAUCCACACCAGCUCCAAGGAGGAACGCAACACCUGGAUGAGCCUGAUCCGGCAGGCCAUGGAGAGCUGUCCACACACAGAGGGGAGGCUCUUCAGUGAGGAAGAGGAGGCGCGGGCCGUGAGGUUCAAAGAGUUCCAAGACCGUCUGAACCAGAAGGACGCGCUGGUGGUCCACGCGCUCACCGAGAAGCUGCAGCUGUUUGCCGAGAUGGCGGAGACCACGGCGGGCCUGGAGGACACGGCCUCCCGCUCCAGACUGCUGCUCCGGGGCGAUGCCUCGGACCUCCAGCAGGGGGAAGCGCUGCUCAAGGGAGCCAUCACCGAGGUGGAGAACCUCCAGAAUCUUCCAGUCUGGGGUGAGGGAGGAGGUCGAGGAGGAGGGGCGGAGGACGAAGAGGAGGAGGAGGUGGAGGAUGAAGAGGAGAGGGACGGUUCCUCAUCCCCACGGCUGGAGGCUGGGGGCAGCUCUGGGAAUCUACCCAGGAGAGCGGGCACGUUCGGGGGCUACGACAGAAGCCCCAGCAUCCUCCCCAAGAACUGCAGUGUGAGGAGGAACAAGGCCAGGAGUCGAGACAGGAGCCAGAGAGCCCGCUCAGACCCUCAGCUCAAAGACCUCUCUGGCAGCCACACCCAGGAGCACGCGGUCGAGGACGGCUGCUCCCCGCCCCCUGCCAGCUGGAACCGCAUCUGGUCCAACUCCUUCCCGGAGGCCGAGUUUUUCGACAGAGUGCUGAUGCUUUCCCAACGGCUGUACAGCCUUCAGGCCAUCAUCUCCCAGCAGGACAGCCACAUGGAGCUGCAGCGGGCCUCGCUGACGGAGCGCGCCUCGCUGCCCGGGCGCCACCGGGGGAACAUCCUGCUGGAGCAGGAGAAGCAGCGGACGCUGGCCCUGCAGCGCGAGGAGCUGGCCAGCUUCCACAAGCUGCAGGCCCAGCACCGGCUGGAGCAGCAGCGCUGGGAGAAGGAGCGCCAGAGGCACCGGCAGCAGGUCGAGGCCACCGAGGCCCGGCUCCACCAGAGGGAGGAGGAGUGCGCCCGGCUGGAGGAGCGUCUGCGGGAGGAGCGGGAGGAGCUGGAGCUGCAGAGGAAGACGUACCAGCAGGACCUGGAGCGGCUGCGGGAGUCCACCCGCACCGUGGAGCGGGAGAAGGAGCGGCUGGAGCACCAGAGGAAGAUCAAGAGGAAGACCAUCGAGGUGGCCCCUCUGUCGGGCAGCCUGAACGGCGAGCUCCUCCUGAAGUCCGGCGACGGCUCGGCGACCCCUGACCCGCCCGCGGCCCAGAAGCCCCUGGGGCGGAGCAGCAUGUCCAUGGCGCCGGCGGACUUCCAGGAGCGACCCGAGUCGUCCCUGAGGCGCGAGGCCAGCUCCGCGGGGACGCCGGCGGCCAAGACGGUUCCGCUGCACCUGUUCAGCACCACCAACCAGCAGCACAAGGUGCUGGGGUUCCAGCAGCAGAUCCCCACCAAGCUGGCCGUGCUCAGCCGCAAGGACAAGAACACCAAGAGCAUGAAGGCGUCCCACCGCAGCGACAGCAGCGCCUCCCUUGACACAAGGCAGAUGCUGCCUCUGAAGCUGUCGGCCCGGGACGACAGUUCCCUGAAGGCCAGGCGCUCCGUCAGCCCCCAUCAGCCGAGCCACGGGCCCCAGCACCACCCAGAUCCAGUCGUCCCCCAGACGGCGGGCUCUCUGACUGCCAGUCCCUCGUGCCCCCCGUGCCUCCCGCCCAGCCCCUCCAUCAGCCCUCCGGCCCGCCUCAGCCCGCCCAGAGCCCCGGUCACCCUACUACCACGGCCAGGCCCAGGCGCCCAGCCCCCAGACACAGGGGCCGCUGCAACACCAGGGCCCCGGCCACGGCCAGGGCCAGGGCCCCGGCCACGGCCAGGGCCAGGCGUGUCCCCUCCCUACGGCUUCCCCAGCAAGGAGGACAAGGAAGACGUGAUCUUCUUCUAAAGGUUGUCUGCCGCCUGCAGUGGGACCGACGGGUGUUCUGCAGGUCCAGACUGGUCCAUACCGGUCCAUACCACACUGAUCCCAGAGCCAGUUAGAGGGGCCAUCAGUCACCUCCAGGCUGUCUGGCUGAGACACAGUAUGGAGUGAGGAACUACCAAACACACUCCCUAACUAACAAAAGCUCAUGUUGGUCUCUGUGGUUCAGUGUGUAGGGACGCUAGGGCAGGUUCCUGGGGGGGGAAAAAACGUUUUUUUUAAAUCCAAAUAGUUUUUUAAAUUGUAAGUAGCAGAAGCACAUCAGUGAGACGGAGGAGGCAAAAAAAACAUUUGAAAUGUGUCCAGACACACACGCGUCAACGGUCACGUGUGUGCACACGCGUUCCUUCACCGCCACGUCCUCUUCACGCAACCUCAAGAAUGUGUUGUUUUUUUUUUAGUCCUUUUUCUUUUUUCGGUUAAUGUGGACAAGCACAAAGCUGUGGUGUCAGGAAGACCCGAUGUAGAUUAAGAGGUGGUGGUUGAUGAUGAGGUCAUGGAUGUUCAAAGACUUUCAGGGCAGAGGUCGGCCUGAAGCAGGGACCAUGGGGUCGGGGUUAGCCGUUAGCCGCUAGCCGUUAGCCGUUAGCCGCUAAUCCUCAGAUCAACACGACCACAGAAGAGGUGAGCCUGUGUGCAGGAAGGACGGAGGAGGAGGGGAAGACCCUACUGUGGACGAUAAGCUCUGUUGCCCCGGAACAUUCCCUUCUCCCCCCUCGGUGAAAGGUGAAGGACAUGUGUCUGUCGAGAAGUGAAGCGAUCGACUGAGAGAAGAAACCUUGAUUUCUUUAUGUUCCUCACAAAGUUGUACUUUACAGAGAACAAAUGUACAGCAUCCAGGGUUGUUCUUCUUAAUACGGCCUCUGACCACAAAGCAGAUUGUUUUUAAAUGUGUCAUCCAUUCCAACGUGAAUACCGUCUUAAUUAUUUUACUUUUUUGAUAGGACUUUUUAUUACUUUUUAUUUUAAAUUCUUAAACCUUGAUGGACCCCCAACAUCUUAAACCCCAACAUUUCCGUACCGAAAUCCAGAUGUGAUCCCCGGCUGCUUCUGCCAAACAUGUGUUGUUAACGUGGACGACAUCAGCGGCCCACGAUGUUGUCCUGACACCCCAGCUGGUGUCCUGAUAGCAGCUGGUACCUGGAGCACCUCCCCGGCCCCCCGGGCGCUGCGGAACCACGCAUUAUCCGCCAGCGGCAGGGAGGAGACGCACACGCAAGCAUUCCUCCCUCCUCCUGAGUGACAGCCCCCUCGGGAGGGCGAAAGUGAUCCUCGGCCGGUGAACAACGGCUCAGUGCGGCGUCUGCCCUCCCAGCGAUGGCCUUGUUAUAAGGCCUUUUCUCUCGGUCCUCUCUUCCCUUUUCGGCACGUGUGACAGGUCGUUUUUUUUGUGCCGACAGUUGAAGCCUCUUUUUAAACUCGCACUAAGUGUGUGAGUGAUAGAAGAAGAAGAAGUAGAAUGAAAGUUUUCCCGGCAAAUGUUUCAUUUUAAAACGGGCACCCCGGUGCUUUUAUUGACAGGCAGUGAGGGCGGUUUCAGUUUCCUCCCUUUCCUUUCUUGAGGCUCGUGUAGUGGAGCCGAGACUCAAACUGCAUGGGCUGGGCUGCCUUCGGCCACUCAGUUCUCACCUGCAGGACAUCUUUUUGAUCUUGAAAGAUUUAUAACAAACGCGUCACCUUUUGUGUCCAGACGAUCAUGUCCCCUGGACUGACGAGGCAGGAGAAGGGAUGAGGAAGACCCUAGGGUGAGAGGAGAGGAGAGGAGUGAGAGCAGAGUGAGCGCGUAACGCGUGAGCGAGAGCAGAGUGAGCGCGUAACGCGUGAGCGAGAGCAGAGUGAGCGCGUAACAUGUGUCCGUAGAGGUACCAGUCCCUGCCUGGUGCGUGUAGAUAUUCAUGAAUCAUGAAGCGGAAAUGGAGGGCUUGUAUCCAAACCUUCAGGACUAUUCUCCAGAUAGAUUCGGUCAGUUUGUGGUUAUCUGAGCUGUGGGCCUUUCACCGUCUCGAAGAAGUGAUUUGGAGGAUUAAUCAGCGUUUUCUUAUGUAUAUAUUAUCCUGUACAUACGUUAUUUCUUUGCGUCAUUGUCCCCCUUUUAUGUUCAUCCAGGACAGUUGAACAUACCAGUGCUAUUUGGUACAUUAAACUAUGUGUGUGCAUACAGAUGUUUAAUUAUAUACACACGCAGUUGUGCAUGUACAUUACUGUACAUUUAGAACUGCAAUUUUUGAAACCCUCAAAUCGGAGAGCAGUUCUCAGUGAGGUGAAACUGAACGGUUCUCAUAUUUAAAGUCCUUGUUGUGCGGCGCAGAUUCGUCCAUCUUGCUCUUGUCAGCGAGGCGUGCGGGUAGCAGUCUUUCCCGUAACGGUCUAGUCAUUUUUAAAAGGGUAGCCAAAGAGACCUUUGGACUGAACUUAUCUGUUCCUGCGCUUUUAAAUGUUUUUAGUGUAAUGCUAGAUUGUGACGGCUUAAUGAGUUUUCCUAAGCGGCCCGGAGAUGAAGCAACCGUAGUCCAACGGGAAUCUAUUAAGUGCCGUGUACACAAGCACACGGUACUUAAAACGGCUUCGCAACUGUUUGCAGGUAAGACCUUAAUGACAUGGGAUAUUCUGUGAGUGGCGUCUGCAACCCUGGAUCACGGCGAGUCUUGGCAUUGGGGAAUAAGUAUAAUACUUUGAAAGUUAUUUUGGGCAAUGUAAACACACUCCCAGAAUUCCCAGCUCCUCGUGAGGCGAAACUCCGAGAGCGUUCCCUGGGAUAGAACUAGUUUGAUGCAGGGGUUUCCCUGUCGGGGCCCGACUAGAUAUCUAUUCAACGGAACGCCCGUCUUUUAAACAUUUCACAGAGGAACGUUGUUUCUGAAAAGGAAAGUUAUCUGAUGGUUUUUCAGUGUGAUGCACUGUAGAGAGAGAGAGAGAGGCACAUUUCUUCCCUUCGUGACUUGAAAGAGGUGGGCCAUAAAUGUGUAUGCAUUUUUGUGUAAACUGCAUUGCUUGCUUUCACAACACGACAAUAUCAAAUAAACUUUAUCAAAACAUUUCAGAAGUGUGUUCGGUGUGUGUGUGUGUGUGUGUGUGUGUGUGUGUGUGUGUGUGUCGUGCACACACAUACACGCAAACACGCGCAAACAAACACAAGCACUGACAUGCAAAGUGGACCUGCAAUUUGUAAACCAUGGUGUUUACCUUUCGUUUUCUCUGCCAAUUCACACUAGUCACUUUGGAUCAUAGCAUACUUGAACGGGAAAAUGAAUGUUUAUAAUGCAUAUUAUCAUUAUUGUGUCUGUGAAGUUGUUUUACAGAGAGCUGACUAAUUUAAAUUUUGUAGCACACAGCAAGAGCAUUGAUUACUUUUAUUUUUUACCAUUUUAUUUCAAUCACCGAGACGCUAGUGAACUGUGGACACAAAGUGCUGCCUUUAGAAAAAUCAGAAAAUUAGUAAUAAAUAAAGUCUUAAAAUAUGAA